AUGGGAUACAAAGCUGCGAGUAAGACAUUUAGAGGUAAAAGAGCUGAAGAGUUAAUUGAAAAAGCUAUUCGUAGAAAACCAGUUUUUGCACUUGGGUUAGAGGCUGACGGGCGGAGGGGGGUGACGCCGCUGGGUCUGGCGCUGGCCACCAGGCGACGCCUGCCGCCCCCGCCGCCCGUGGCGCGCGCAGCCUCGGGAGAGACGCUCUGGUUUACGCAGCGCCUCGACCACUUCAACACCUCCAACAACGACACCUGGAAGCAGCGGUUCUUCCGGAACACGGCACACCACGAGGCGGGGGGCCCGGUGCUGCUAUACGUGGGGGCGGAAACGGAGGCCAACGUGGCGUGGGUGGAGGCUGGCUUCAUGGCGUCGCUGUGCGCCCGGCUGCGCGGCCUCUGCCUCGAGCUGGAGCACCGCUUCUACGGGCAGAGCCGACCCACUCGGGACCUGUCCAAGGAGAAUCUGCGGUUCCUGAGUGCGGAGCAGGCGCUGGCGGACCUCGCCAACUUCAUCCGGCAGUACCGCCAGGAACACGCCGACACGCUGCUCGUGCCGUGGGUGGUGUUCGGCGGCUCGUACGCCGGCAACCUGGCCGCCUGGGCGCGCCUCCGCUACCCACACCUGGUGGACGCCGCCGUCGCCUCCAGCGCGCCCGUCCUCGCCAACCUCACCUUCCCAGGCUACCUGGAGGUGGUGGGGGAGGUGAUCGGUGCCAACGACGCCGCUUGCCUGGAGGACAUCCGCGCUGCGGCAGCUGAGCUCGAGGACCGCCUGCGGACAGAGGCAGACAGCGCCAUCAUCAGCAAGUUCUUCAGACUGUGCACGCCUCUGAACGCCAGCAACACGGAGGACGUGGCCUCAGUGGAGGACGUCCUGGAAGUUCCUUUUGCGAACGCAGUGCAGUCGUCGUCCAACAAGGUGGGCGACGGCGUCAGGCGGCUGUGCGCCGCUGCGCGCAACUCUCCAGGGGAGACUGCGCUGCAGCGGCACGCGGCGCUCGCCGUCGCUGACUUCGGCGCCGACGCACGCGGCUCCUGUCUCAACGCCACCUACGUCGCCACCAUCGCCGACCUGCGCCGCACAAACUACUCUUCCUCCAGCUCGAGACAGUGGCUAUACCAGACGUGUACAGAAUUUGGCUACUUCGUGACGACGGAUUCUGAUAAGCAGCCAUUCGGCCACAGAAUAGGCGUCUCCUUCAGUGGGGGUAUCUGUGAAGCCGUAUUUGGACCAGAGUUUACGCUGGAACGCACCAGCCACGGGGUGUCGGCAACUAACACUCACUUCGGUGGUCGCUCCCCCAACGUAAGUCACGUGGUUUUCGUCAACGGUGCACUGGACCCCUGGCAUCGCCUCAGCGUGACACACGAUCUCUCAGACACCGCUCGUGCUGUCGUCAUUCCGGAUACAUCGCACUGUGCCGACAUGCUGGAUGAUGGGCCUGGGGAUUCCAAUGCACUACACACUGCUCGGCGCCGCAUUGCAGAGCUUGUGGCCACAUGGACAGUGGCAGCCAUCAAACAUGUACAUGGGAAAGCAUCCUCAACAAGAGCUACAACCAUACAUGAACUACUUCUGCAAACUUAA